AUGAAUUUAAUAGGAGGUGGUUUAGGAUGGGAUACAGUGAAGCCUGCACUCUCACAGGACACACUGAAUACAUUGGAUAGACUUGGAUUCAAGAGCAUGACACCUGUCCAAUCUGCAUCCAUUCCAUUGUUCCUUACCAACAAGGAUGUGCUGGUGGAGGCUUGCACAGGCUCAGGCAAGACACUCGCCUUUGUCAUCCCCAUCGUCGAGACUCUUCGAAAGAGAGAUACAUCAUUGUUACUCAAGAAGACUGACAUUCUAUCAAUCGUUAUAUCACCAACAAGAGAGUUGGCAACACAAACAUAUAACCUCCUUCAACAGUUUAUUAAUCCUCAGUUGGAGGAGGAGACAGCACAAGAUGGUACAACAGCUGAUGAGAAAAAGCCGGUAACAGUGCCAACUACACUGUCAACAACAGGAACUUCACCACUGGGCGAUCUAUCAUCUUUACUUCUUAUUGGUGGCACAGACAUCUAUGAGGACAUUCAACGAUUCACAAGAGAGGGCGGUAACAUACUUAUUGGCACACCUGGUCGUCUGGACGAGUUCAUGAGCAGAAUAGACAAGGGUCAACUAAAGACCAAGCAGUUUGAGGUACUGAUCAUGGAUGAGGCCGAUCGUCUAUUGGACAUGGGUUUCAUGUUGUCGAUCAACUCAAUCCUCUCCAAGCUACCAAAGCAACGUCGUACUGGUCUAUUCUCGGCAACACAGACGAGUGAUGUCAAGGAGCUGGCGCGAACUGGAAUGCGUAACCCAGUAAAGGUGUCGAUCACUGUGAUGCAAAAGGACACGAUGGAGGUUCAAUCGAUCCCUUCGUCACUUAACAACUAUGUGAUGUUUGUUACGCUGGAGGACAAGUUCAACCAGCUCAUCCAAUUCCUCAGCACCAAUAUCAAUCGUCUCAAGAUCAUUGUCUACUUCUUGACAUGUGCCGAUGUCGACUACUACUACAAGGUGGCCAAGCAGCUCAAGUGUUUGCAGGGUCGCGACAUCUUCUCCCUACACGGCAAGGCGCCACACGAGAAGCGUCAGGUGGUGUUUGAGAAGUACUCCAAGUGUCAGAGCGGCGCAUUGUUCUGUACCGAUCUGGCGUCACGAGGACUGGACAUCCCAAACAUUGACUGGGUGCUGCAGUACGAUGCACCACAGGACCCCAAGGCUUAUGUACAUCGCAUUGGACGUACGGCACGCAUGGGCAGAGAUGGAAAUGCUCUUAUAUUUAUGACGCGCGAGGAAGACACAUAUAUCGAGUUCAACAAGCUACGCAAGGUACCCAUGACAGAGAUGACAUGCGAGCCAACCACACAGGACUACAUGGCAGAGAUGAAGAAGAUUGUCAUGACAGACAGAGACACAAUGCUGAAAGGUACAGUGGCCUAUGUGUCGCAUGUACGUGCCUACAAGGAACAUCAGUGCUCAUACGUCUUUGUUAUGCAUCGUCUAAACCUGUUCAGUUUGGCCACAGGCUAUGCCCUGCUGCGAUUGCCAGCCAUGCCAGAGUUGAAGAACAAUCCAACAGAGUGGAGCAGUGGUGUGACGUUUGAGCAGAUCGAGAGGAUACCAUUCAAGGAGAAGAAGAGAGAGAAACAUAGGAGAGCAAAAAUGGCUGUAGAGAAGGAUGAGAGAGAGACAAAGAAACAGGAGAGAAUCGAUCAAAAGAAGGAACAAUACGAACAUCAACAACAAAGACAACAGAUACAACAACAAAAGAUUGCUGCUCAAAAAGAGAAGAACAACGUUGAGGAUGAUGAAGAUGAUGAGCAAGAGAUAACGGUUGGCAGAGGAAAGGGAAAGAGUGUUCUGACAAAGAGAGAUAGAGAUGACAUACAGGCAAGGAAGGACCAAGAUGAAAUUAAUGAGGACACAAGGAUGGCCAAGAAAAAGAAGAGUGGAAGGAUAUCAAAGAGAGCAAUGGAUAACUUUGACGAUGAUUUAGAGAAGCAAAUAGAGGAGGAACUAAGAGAAAAGAGGGAGGCACAGGCUGCUGAGCGUGAGGAAAAGGCUCAAAAGGCAUUGGCAUCUUCAACAACUACAUCACCAUCAUCAUCAUCCACUGCAUCAUCCAUUGCUGUCUCUGCACCUUCAAAGUCAUUUUCAGCAGGAACCAACAACAAGUUCAACAAAUCUAAAUCGACAGACACCAAGAAGAAGAACAACAAGAGACAACAACAAGGACCAAGACAAAAGAAGGUAUCAAGAAGGAAUUAA